UUGGAUAUUGUCUAUUGCUUUGAUCUCUCCUUCCUAUUACGUAAACCCGAAUGAGCACCGGGAUAUUAAAAGAAGAUUUAAUCUGAAUUUCUGAUACUGUUUCUGUACAUCACCGAAGAUAGAAAAUGUUUUCUACCGUGGGUAGAGCUGGUCUGUUGACCACAAAAGCAAUAGUCAAUAACACCAUAGCUGAGAAGACACCUUUGAUCGCUGGAGCACUCGUGAGCAAACGUGAUUAUGCAGCCAAAGCUGCAGGAAAAGCCCAAGGUAAGGUGGUAGCUGUUAUUGGUGCCGUAGUAGAUGUUCAGUUUGAGGAUAAUCUGCCAUCAAUCUUAAAUGCCCUCGAGGUUCAGAACCGGUCUCCAAGGCUCGUCCUUGAAGUGGCUCAGCACUUGGGUGAAAAUAUCGUACGUACUAUCGCUAUGGACGGUACCGAAGGUUUGGUUCGUGGACAGCCCGUGUUGGAUUCUGGGUCACCAAUUCGUAUUCCUGUCGGGGUAGAGACCCUUGGGCGCAUCAUGAACGUCAUCGGUGAGCCAAUCGACGAGAGAGGCCCUAUUCAGUCUGACAAAACUGCAGCAAUUCAUGCAGAAGCUCCAGAGUUUGUUGACAUGUCAGUAGAACAGGAAAUUCUGGUUACUGGCAUCAAGGUUGUAGACCUGUUAGCUCCUUAUGCCAAGGGUGGAAAGAUUGGCUUGUUUGGUGGUGCAGGUGUGGGCAAGACUGUGCUUAUCAUGGAGUUGAUCAAUAAUGUAGCUAAAGCCCAUGGUGGUUACUCUGUCUUUGCUGGAGUAGGAGAGCGAACCCGUGAGGGUAAUGAUUUGUAUCAUGAAAUGAUCGAGUCUGGAGUAAUUUCCUUAAAAGAUAAGACAUCUAAAGUGGCUCUUGUGUAUGGUCAGAUGAAUGAGCCCCCUGGCGCUCGUGCCCGAGUUGCUUUGACUGGCUUGACCGUAGCAGAGUAUUUCAGAGAUCAAGAAGGACAAGAUGUGCUGCUUUUCAUUGAUAACAUUUUCCGUUUCACACAGGCUGGGUCUGAAGUAUCAGCCCUGUUGGGUCGUAUCCCAUCUGCUGUAGGUUACCAGCCAACCCUAGCCACUGACAUGGGUACUAUGCAGGAACGUAUUACUACUACAAAGAAAGGAUCAAUUACAUCAGUACAAGCCAUUUAUGUACCAGCUGAUGAUUUGACUGACCCUGCCCCCGCUACAACCUUUGCUCAUUUGGAUGCCACCACUGUGUUAUCCCGUGCCAUUGCAGAGUUGGGCAUCUACCCAGCUGUAGACCCAUUGGACUCAACAUCCCGUAUUAUGGAUCCUAAUAUUAUUGGUGCUGAACAUUACAACAUUGCUAGAGGUGUUCAGAAAAUUUUACAAGACUACAAAUCACUUCAGGACAUCAUUGCUAUCUUGGGUAUGGAUGAAUUGUCUGAGGAAGACAAACUGACUGUAGCCCGUGCCCGUAAGAUUCAAAGAUUCCUGUCUCAACCUUUCCAAGUAGCUGAGGUGUUCACUGGUCAUGCUGGCAAACUUGUGCCACUUGAGGAAACCAUCAAAGGAUUCUCCAAGAUUUUACAAGGUGAAUAUGAUCAUCUACCAGAAGUUGCAUUCUACAUGGUUGGGCCCAUUGAAGAAGUUGUUGCUAAAGCUGAAACUUUGGCUAAGAAUGUUUAAUUUUUUUUGUAACUUAGCCUGUAUACAUAAUCAUGAACACAAUGUGGUGUAUUAAACUCUAGAAAAAUCAAUAAUAAAUCGUAAAUUAUUA